AUGGCGGAAGCGGCGCAGCAGCCACACCUGGUGGAGAUCGACCCGGACUUCGAGCCCCUCUCCCGGCCCCGGUCGUGCACUUGGCCCCUGCCCCGGCCGGAGUUCAUCGUCAACCCGGGCGACUCCAACACGUCCUCCCCGGUGCCGUCCGUGAAGCAGGAGCCCGCGGGAGGCACGGCGGAGUUCAUCAGCAGCCUGAGCCUGCUGGAGGAGAGCGAGGACUUCGCGGAGCAGAAGUGCGCCGAGUUCCAGUGCCAGGAGCCCUGCGUCCACCAGCCGGCCCCCCAGCAGCAUCAGCACCAGCACCAGCAGCACCAGAACCCGCAGCUCCCGCACCUCCCGCAGACGCAGGCGCAGACGCAGCAGGUGCCUCUCCUGGGGGCCCCGGUGGGCUCCUCACCGUCUGCAGCCGCGGCCGCAGCAGCCGCGGCCGCCGCCGCCCAGAGGAAGAGCAGCUCCUCCCGGCGGAACGCGUGGGGGAAUAUGUCCUAUGCAGACCUCAUAACCAAAGCCAUCGAGAGCUCUCCGGAGAACAGGCUGACGCUAUCGCAGAUCUACGACUGGAUGGUGAAGAGUGUGCCUUACUUCAAAGAUAAAGGGGACAGCAACAGCUCUGCGGGAUGGAAGGUGCGUUUGUUUCAACAUCUUUUGUCAUACUUUUUUUCUUUUCUGGGAGAUGUGGAGAGUUUAUUGAACUCCAUUAGACACAACUUGUCCCUCCACAGCCGCUUUGUGCGCGUCCAGAAUGAGGGGACGGGGAAGAGCUCUUGGUGGAUGCUGAACCCAGAGGGCGGGAAGAGUGGAAAGUCCCCGCGGCGCAGAGCUGCCUCCAUGGACAACAACAGCAAGUUUGCAAAGAGCAGAGGAAGAGCAGCAAAGAAAAAGCUGUCUCUGCAGGGAGGCCCUGACGGGGGGGCCGACAGCCCGGGGUCCUACUCCAAGUGGCCGGGCAGCCCCAACUCCCACAGCAACGACGACUACGACGCCUGGAACAGCUUCCGGCCCCGCACCAGCUCCAACGCCAGCACCGUGAGCGGCCGCCUCUCCCCCUUCAUGCCCGAGGACGACCUGGGGGAAGCCGACGUGCACAUGGGCUACCCGGGAGCCCCGGGGACCAAGAUGACCGCCACGCUGCCCAGCCUCACGGAGAUGACGGGCUCCCUGGGACACGGCCCUGAAAACGUCAUGGAGAACCUGCUGGACAACCUGAACUUGCUCUCGCCCAACAAUCCUCAGGUGGGGGGCGGGGCGGCGACCCCGGGCUCCUCCCAGUCCUCGCCCUCCUCCAUGAUGCAGCCCAGCCCCGGGUACCCGGCCUACAGCUCCCCGGGCAUGGCCUCGCAGUCCCAGCAGGACUACCACAAGUGCGUGUACGGCCAGGCCAUGCCCCUGCAGACGCUGACCGAGAGCAAGCCCGGCUUCGGGCCCGGCAUGGGUCAGUACAGCUGCCCCGCCGGGCUCCUGAAGGAGCUGCUGACCUCCGACACUGACCAGCACGGGGAGCUGAUGCCCUCGGUGGACGCGGUGGGGUCCCAGCCCGCCGGCGGCUGCAUGCUGCCGGCCUACAGCAGCGGUCAGCACGCCAACAAGCUCUUGGCGGGGGGGAACGGUCACCUGCACGGACUCUCUCACCCCCACCCGCACGGCGUGCACGGCCAGGCCCCGCCCACGUCGGCGGCCAUGAACGGGCGCCUGCUCAUGUCUCUGAGCUACAGCGGGGGCUCCUCGCGUCUGCCUUCGGUCAAGAGCCCCAUGCAGAUGCCUUACGGUCUGUCCGGCCACCUCAGUGGGGGGGGCGUGCCCGGAGGCUUCUGUCCACUCAACGGAUACAGCCGGCCGGGCAUGUCGGCGCCCUCGCACGCAGAGAAACUGCCCAGCGACCUGGACGACAUGUCCAUCGAGAAGUUCGAGUUCGACAUGGAGACGGUCCUCCACGACACGCUCAUGGACGGGGACUCACUGGACUUCAACUUCGAGCCCGUGGUGACCCAACAGGGGUUCCCUCACGGGGUGAAGACCACCACGCACAACUGGGUGUCUGGAUAG